UACAAAAAUAAAGAUGGCCGACCGAGAGGGUCGGCUAUCGCCUGCUUGUCUUGAUGAUUUAGAGGACGAAUCCUUAGAUCCAAGAAUUCAUGGUGAAUUAGAAAGAUUGAAUAAAGCAUCAGAAGAAAUAAAUAAAUUAGAAUUGGAGCUUGAUGAUGCUAGAGCGAGCUUUAGACAAGCCCUCACAGAUUCUACACAACAGCUCAAUGCUUUGGCAAAGAAAUUGGGUUCCUGUGUUGAGAAAGCUCGGCCUUACUAUGAUGCCAGGAUGAAAGCAAAAGAUGCCCACAUUGAGACCCAGAAAGCAGCACUGAGGUUUGAACGGGCAUGCAGUAUGCACGAGGCAGCAAAGGAAAUGGUACAGCUAGCUGAGCAGGGCUACAUGUGUCGGGAGGAACCAUCAGAUCCAGCCUGGCAGGAGAUGCUGAAUCAUGCCACAAUGAAGGUAAAUGAGGCUGAGAAGGAGAGGAAUGCCAGUGAACAGGACCACAGGAAUACCAUGAUAAAAUUCCAGGACACUGAGGAGGUCGUCCAUCAUUUACAGAGGGAGCUAAAGAGAGCCAUUGCCAAAUCUAAUUUUUCCACUCGUCGAAGUUUCCUACAGAUAAGUGAUCUUGUAAACCAAUAUCAUUUAACAAUGUUGCCAUAUUUUGAAAUGAAGGCCAAAUUUAAUCAAACAAUGGAGGAACAGAAGCGAGGGAUUAAAAUUCUAGAAGAAGAUGUUGGCUCUGCAAAAACCAUGUACUCUGAGGCCCUUAGGAACCUAGAGACAAUCAGUGAUGAAAUCCACCAACAAAGAAUGGAGAAAAGGAGGAAUGAUGAACUGGGAGAGAGGGGAGCUGGGGUGGGGUCCGAAACCCCAUCCCCUCCCCCCUACAGAGACUCUGGUCACUCGUAUGUUGAGGGACAACAUUCUGGGUCUGACACACAGGAUUUUAUACCCCCUUCUGUCAUACAUCCAUCCACUGAAAAAGCCAGGAAUGCCAGUUACUUAAAAGCUGUGGACCAUACAGAAGAGGAGGAGUUUCCAGUGCCAAAUUUAGAAAGUGAGUACAAGUCCCUUCCAGAACCUCACAGAGCAGCUUUAAGAACUCGUAGUGUUCCAAUACAGGAUGAAGUGUUCACGGAGGACCAGCGGGACAGGAGUCAGUCUUUGAGACACUCUCUACCGAAUCCAGUCAAAGUCGAUCAGGGUCAAUCCUCGUCCGACCCUUCAAGACUUCACAAAACAGAAUCUCCUACUCGUUCCAGGAAGAAACUUCAGGCCGGAGGGUUAAUACUCAAAAUAGACUCAGGUAUGGACCCCUUAGCGGGAAUCCAGAGUGCUCCUAUAAAACCUACUCGUUCAUCAACCAGAUCUCAGGGCAAGUCUCGAGGUAGUAGGAAGUCCAAGAAUGCUAACAGCAUUUCUCCUCAAUCGAGCGUGCUCAGUAUUCCCAGUGGAGAUGACGGGGAGAGCUCGGACUGUGAGAGCGUGGUGAGCACGGGACCUAUGUUGGACGACGAUCAGGUCCUGGCUCUCACGCUGGACUUUGAUGAUAAGCUCACAACUGAAGAAAACUCACCACCAGCUCAUCUAGAUUGGCGUCGGAAAAGUCUCCCCCCAAACCUUAGUCACCUAGAACACUUCUUACAUAAACCUGUAGACAAUGAUAAAAAUGCCUAGUGGUUUGUCACUAGAUUGUUAUGUCUGUCAGACAAGUGUAUCUUUUUAUUGUUAUACAUUGUUGUAAAUGCAGCUACCCUUCACAAUGAUUUUAGGAUGACAUUGAAGAGACAAUUCCAAAAUAUUUGGGUCAGUGGUAAAAAUAAUAUUUACUUUUAGAAACAUUCCAACCAAAAAUUAUGUGUUGCCUUUUCACAGAAAUCAAGCUUUAUUGUAGUGCUUCAGUUAAUUUAUCUAUGAUAAAAAUGAAAGUACAUGUAUCAUUGGUCAAUAAUUAUUGUGUAGAGAGCUGCCUGUUACUUUAGUGUUAGUGAUCUGUGUUCCUCUGAGAACAGGGUAUCUUUGUUUGGUGCUUGUGUAUCUGCUGUAACAUAUUACUCAGUUCUUCCUUUUAGUAGUAGUGUGGAUCAAAUGACUUGUGUACCUUGCUUAUAUGAAGAAGAUAUCUCUCUAUAGUACAUGUAUGUGUACUUAGGUUUGAUAUAGUUUUAAAACAAGUUUUAUGGUCUUUUUUGUGACUUAACCAGUUGAUUUUCAAACAUUUAGGGUAUCCAUUGUAUAAUGCCUAGAUAUUAACUUCUUAUCAGAUAUUUUUCUGCCCCUCUUGAUAAUCUGAAGAAAAAUUAUAAAAUUACAAUAUUUGCAAGGUAACCUUUACUUUUUGUGAACUGAUAAUAAGUUUUUGUACACUUUUGCCAUGUGAUUUGUAAAAUUAUUACUCUUAAAGUAUUUGUACACCAUUUUGUCAUUUUCUCAGUCAUUUUUUUUGUCAGUCAGACUAUUUAAUGGUCAUGGGGCUAAGUAUUUUAAAUAGUGGAGCACCUGGCCAGUAAGUCAAGGGGCCCAGGUUCAAUUCCUUGUUUGUCACCACUCUCUCUCCUGGCUUGCUAUGUUAUCAUGUAGUACUUCAAGUCAAUGUACAUUGUAUUUGGUCCAUAAUGUAAUUCUCAAUUUGUGAAGUAAAAUCUGGGUCAUUAUACAUUGGAUACCUUAACAGGGGAUACGCCUAGUCAGUUCAUACAAACCUGAUCAGUAUUUGUAUAUUGUCUGUUUUUUGAUUUUACAUUAACAUUGAUAUUCUGAAAUGAAAAUGGCAAUUGUAAAAUUCAAUUUUUGUUUAUGUCCUCUGAAAUGUCUGUCGUUGUCAUAAAUUAGGUGAUUUGAAUUUAUAAUAAAUUUCUAUCUGAUUAGAAGAUUAUAUUUACUAUCAGAUCUCCAUUUCUCUUUGAGACUAGUUCUCAGUGCCUCAUUAUGUGAAGCAUAAUCAAAAUAAAUGUCGUAUUCCUUCUGAUCAGGCUAGUACUAUCCACUCAGCUUAUGAUUCAUUUUUAUUGGUAUGUGUAUUAUGAAUGAAUUUUUUAAAAUUAUCUUGGAAUAGGUUUGGUGCUUUUGUGGGACUGCCUCAUUUUCUACAACCUUUAUUGGAUAAUUAAAAUGGAAGAAAACCCAGUUCCCCUGUUUUAUGUCUUAAAUAUUUGCUCUUAGAAAAAAGUAGAACAUUUCUAUGUAUAUUGUGUUUUUAUUUUGAUACAGUUCCCCUUUCAUUGCUUUGGGGUUAAUUCAUGUACCCAAGGGUGUUUUUUUCCCCAAUUUCCAAACAUUACAAUUAUAAAAGUUGAAUUUUGAAUGUGUGUGUUGAAAUGAUCUUUUUGUUGAUCACAGAAAGAAUUAGGCAUGUCUGUAAUACUUCAAAUUAGUUUAAUGUUGAAUGAAUAAGAAAAAAACCUUAGUUAACGCUGCUGUAUUGAAAAAAAGAUACACCAAAUAUUGUAUGUCUUUUUUAUUGUGUGAAUUCUUAUGCUUAAAACAUAAUUUGGGUCAGAAUUCUUUUAGAUUUUAGUGUUUACUUUAUUUAUUUUAAUUGAUAACAUUCAAAACUGUCUGAAAAUCUUAAGGAAAGAAAACUAGCUAUUAUUGGGCAUUUGCAAGAAGUGCUGACUUUUACAGUUGAGGGCUUAAAUGAAGACAAUCUACGGAGACUCCUCUUUGAAACAUGUUUGCACAAAUGGUUGUAGUAACAAGAGUACAUCUUUCAAAAAAUGAAAAUUAAAUGCUUAUUUUAUAAAUAUUAUGUCUUUCUUAUUGUGGUCUGUCUAACAACACAAAAGUCUCCUAUAGAUUAGUAAGUAGUGUAGAGAAGGUCCUUAAGCUGUGUUAUUCUGCCUUCCAUAGUAUAUUUUGUUGAUUGUAUGUACAAGUAAAUUAUACUAGUGCUCCAAAUCCUUUUUGUAUAACCACUUAUGAAGUCAAAAUUUUGUGCCAUCAUACAUAAUGCAGGUUAAAAUGUCAACGUAAGCUAUAGCUAUAAACUGUAAAAAUCAGUGCUUCUCGCAAAAGUCCUAUAUGAACAUUGAAGUUGAAUCACAACCAGAUACUGCAUAAUGUGUGUUAAUGUUUAGGAGGUAGAAAUAAAAUUAUACAUGACUGA